AUGAUUGCUCUCCGUGUUGCCACUCUCACUACUCUUGUCGUCUUCGUCGCUGCGGCUCCUACUCCUCGUCCUUGGGACGGUGGGGAUGCUUACACCGGUGUUGGCGGCCAGGCCUUUGGUGGUUCCGUCUACGGUGGUGAAGGCAAAGGACCUCUUGGCCUUGGUCCCAUCAAGGCGCUCAAUAUUAACUCUGGCAAUGCCGGUGACGGCGGAGCUGCUGAUUCUGGCGUUGCCGUUGGUGGAAAGGGAGGCGACAAAAUUACCAAAGGCGGAAAGAAGGGCAGCAAGAAGGGAACUUCUGCCGGUGGCUCUGGGGGCGGAAACGCCUAUACCGGUAACGGUGGCCAAGCCUCUGGAGGUAACGUUUAUGGUGAGAGUGGGAUCAGCAUUCUCAACAUUGGGUCUGGCAACGCUGGGGAUGCUGGCUCUGCAACCAGCGGAUCGUCAUUUGGCGGCGAUGCUGGAAAGAUGAUCAACUAG